AUGACCUCGGCCAAUGACUACGAGCAGCUGGAGCUGCAGCAGCAGUACAGCCGCAUCAACGUCCGCUGGGACGCGUCCGACGAUGAGCUGGACAACGACAACAGCUCCGCACGGCUCUUCGAGCGCUCCCGCAUCAAAGCCCUGGCAGAUGAGCGGGAGGCUGUGCAGAAGAAAACCUUCACCAAGUGGGUGAACUCGCACCUGGCUCGUGUCACCUGCCGCAUCUCAGACCUCUACAUGGACCUCCGGGACGGGCGGGUGCUCAUCAAGCUGCUGGAAGUGCUGUCAGGAGAGCUUCUGCCCAAGCCCACCAAGGGCCGGAUGCGGAUCCACUGCCUGGAGAAUGUGGACAAGGCGCUGCAGUUCCUGAAGGAGCAGCGGGUGCACCUGGAGAACAUGGGCUCCCACGAUAUCGUGGACGGCAACCACCGCCUCGUCCUCGGCCUCAUCUGGACCAUCAUCCUCCGCUUCCAGAUCCAGGACAUCAUUGUGGAGACACAGGAGGGCCGGGAGACACGCUCUGCCAGGGAUGCACUGCUGCUCUGGUGCCAGAUGAAGACAGCAGGGUAUCCCCAUGUGAACGUCACCAACUUCACCUCGAGCUGGAAGGAUGGGCUGGCUUUCAAUGCCCUCAUCCACAGGCACAGGCCUGAGCUGGUUGACUUCCAAAACCUUACCAAAUCCAAUGCCCGGCACAACCUGGAGCACGCGUUCAGUGUGGCAGAGCGGCACCUGGGCAUCACCCCUCUCCUCGACCCUGAAGAUGUGUUCACGGAGAACCCCGAUGAGAAGUCCAUCAUCACCUACGUGGUGGCCUUCUACCACUACUUCUCCAAGAUGAAGGUGCUGGAGGUGGAAGGAAGGCGCCUGGGCAAGGUCAUUGAGCACGCCAAGGAGACGGAGCGGAUGAUCGAGGGCUAUGGGGGGCUGGCGUCCGACCUGCUCACCUGGAUUGAGCAGACCAUCGCCUCCCUCAACAGCCGCAGCUUUGCCAACUCGCUGGCCGGGGUGCAGCACCAGCUGCAAGCCUUCAGCACCUACCGCACCGUGGAGAAGCCCCCCAAGUUUCAGGAGAAGGGCAACCUGGAGGUGCUGCUCUUCACCAUCCAGUCGCGGAUGAGGGCCAACAACCAGCGUGUCUACACCCCACACGAGGGGCGCCUGGUCUCUGACAUCAACCGGGCCUGGGAGCAGCUGGAGAAAGCGGAGCACGAGCGGGAGCUGGCACUGCGCAACGAGCUGAUCCGUCAGGAGAAGCUGGAGCAGCUGGCACGGCGCUUCGACCGCAAAGCAGCCAUGAGGGAGGCCUGGCUGAGCGAGAACCAGCGCCUGGUGGCCCAGGACAACUUCGGGCAGGACCUGGCAGCCGUGGAGGCGGCCAAGAAGAAGCACGAGGCCAUCGAGACAGACACGGCUGCCUACAGGGAGAGGGUGCAGGCCAUUGAGGCGGUGGCCAAGGAGCUGGAGCUGGAGGGCUACCACGACAUCCAGCGCAUCAAUGGGCGGAAGGACAACAUCCUGCGGCUCUGGGAGCAGCUCCUGGAGCUGCUGGCUGCCCGGCGCCAGCGCCUGGAGAUGAACCUCACCCUGCAGCACCUCUUCCAGGAGAUGCUCCAUUGCAUCGACUGGAUGGAUGAGGUCAAGGUGAAGCUGGCAUCUCCUGAAUCUGGGAAGCACCUUCUGGAAGCAGAGGAGCUGCUGCAGACCCACCGUCUGCUGGAGGCCGACAUGGCAGUACAGGCAGAGAAGACCCGGGCCAUCAGCGCUGCCGCCCUCCGCUUUGCUGACGCUGAGGGCUAUCGUCCCUGUGACCCCAAAGUCAUCCGGGACCGCGUGAGCCACCUGGAGAUGUGCCGGCGAGAGCUGCAGGUACUGGCGGCGCGGAGGAGAGCCUUGCUGGAGCAAUCCCGCUCCCUCUGGACCUGCCUGUGGGAGCUCGACGAGGCAGAGAGCUGGAUCAAGGAGCAGGAGCAGCUCUACUCCUCGCUGGACUUCGGGAAGGACCUGCCGGGCGUGCUGCUGCUCCAGCGGCGGCACGCCGCCUUCGAGGCCGAGCUGCGGAGCCGGGGCGGGCGGCUGGAGCAGACGCUGGCGGUGGGCGAGGGGCUGGCGGCCGCGGGCCGGGCGGCCGAGCAGCUGCGGGAGCGGGGGGUGGCCGUGCGGGCGCUGUGGGCGCAGCUGGAGGAGCUGGCGGCCUUCCGACGGCGCGGCCUGCGGGAAGCCGAGGGCUUCUUCCAGUUCCAGGCGGAGGUGGAGGAGUUGGCGGAGGGGCUGCAGGAUGCCCGCCGGCGGGCGGCCGCCGAGGAGCUGGGCCAGGAUGAAUCCCGCACCCUCGUCCUGCUGCGGCAGCACCAGGAGCUGCUGGACGAGCUGGCGGCCGCCCGGGAGCAGCUGGACAGGCUGGCUCAGCAGGCCGAGGGCUUCCCGCCGGAGCUGCGCGCCGGCCCCGAGGCGCAGAGCCGGCUGGCGGCCCUGCGGGAGCUGCAGGCCGAGGCGGCCGCGCUGGCCGAGCGCCGCGGCCGUCAGCUGCAGGAUGCCCUAAACCUCUACACCGUUUUCGGGGAGAGCGAUGCCUGCCAUCUCUGGAUGGGCUCCAAGGAGACCUGGCUGGCAGAGCUGGAGGUGCCGCAGGCGCUGGAGGACCUGGACGUGACGCAGCGCAGGCUGGACGGGCUGGAACAAGACAUGGCCACCGUGGCUUCCCAGAUCGCCGCGGUCAACCAGGCAGCCGAUGGGCUCCUGGCUAGCGGGCAUCCCCGGAGCCCCCAGGUGCGGCAGUGCCGGGAGCAGCUCAACGAGAGGUGGGGCCGGUUCCGGGAGCUGGUGUCGGAGCGCCGGAGGGCGGUGGGCUCGGCACUGCGCCUCCUUAACUACAACCUGGAGUCCGAGGAGACCCAGAAAUGGCUGCGCAGCAAAGCCCGUGCGGUGGAGGCCACGGCCGAGCUAGGCCGUGACCUGGCUGGCGUCCUGGCCACGCAGCGCAAGCUCUACGGCAUCGAGCGGGAGCUGGCCGUGGCCCAGGACCGCCUGGCCGCCCUGCGCUCCCAGGCCGAGCGCCUGGCCGAGGAGCGGCCCGAGGCAGCCACCGAGGUGGCCCAGAAGCUGGCAAUGGCCACCUCCGCCUGGGACGAGCUGCAGGCGGCCCUGGCAGAGCGCGCAGUGUCCCUGGGGGAAGCCGGGCAGCUCCGGAGUUUCCUGCAGGACCUGGAUGACUUCCAGGCGUGGCUCUUCGGCGCUCAGAAAGCCGUGGCGGCCGUCGAUGAGGUGCCGGCGUCGCUGGGGGAGGCAGAGGAGAUGCUGCAGCGGCACGAAGCGGCCCGGCGCGAUGCUGAGGAGCAUGAGGGAGCCUUCGCCGCCUUGGUGGAGGCGGGGGAGCGGGUGCUGGGGGGACAGACGGACCCCGAAUACGAGGGGCUGCGGCAGCGCCUGGGCGGCGUGAAGGACGGCUGGGCAGCCCUGGGCAAGAUGGCAGAGGCUCGGAAGCGCUUCCUCACCCAGUGCCGCAACUUCCAGGAGUUCCUUCGUGACACCAAGCAGGCGGAGAUCCUCCUCACCAAGCAGGAGUACACGCUGUCCCACCUGGAGCUGCCCUCAACACUGGAGGGCUCGGCUGCUGCCCUGCACCGCUUCCAGAACUUUCGUGCUGAUGUGGAGAGCAAUGCCAAGAAGGUGCCAGAGGUGGUGGUUGGUGGCACCAAGCUGGUGGCUGAGGAGAACAUCUUUGCCGAGAAGAUCUCUGAGAAGUGCCGAACUCUCCAGGAGCGGCAUGGAGCUGUCAUGGACAAGGUGGAGGAGGCAGCAGGUUUGAUGCAGGACAACCACGACCUACAGACCUUCCUGCAGAGCUGCCGUGAGUUUGAUGCCUGGGUGGAUGAGAAGAUGCUGAUGGCUCAGGAUGUCUCCUAUGGAGAAGCCCGUGGUCUCCACAGCAAGUGGCAGAAGCAUCAGGCAUUCAUGGCUGAGCUGGCACCCAACCAGAGCUGGCUGGAGAAGAUUGAGGCGGAGGGGACGGAGCUGGCCACGCGCAAGCCGCAGUACGGUGCGGUGGUGACGCAGCGGCUGGAGGAGCUGCGGCGGCGCUGGGCCGAGCUGCGCCGCGCUGCCGAGGACAAGGGCCGGCAGCUGUUCGAGGCCGAGCGCGCGGCGCUCUACGCCCGGAGCUACGGGGAGCUGGAGAGCUGGCUGGGGCGGGCGCAGGAGGAGCUGCGCCACGCUGAGAAGGUCAAGGACCUCACCGCCACCAACCUGCUGCUCAAGAGGUUGACGAGACUGGAAGAGCAAGUGAAAACAUGGAUGAAGGAGCUGGAGGAACUGGGGUGGCAGGGCACCCCUGGUGCUGGGGACGUGCCAGAUACCACCAAGCAGGAGCAGAUGCUCCGGCAGCGAGUCCUUGAGCUGCUGGAGCCACUGGAGAGGAAGAGGAAGGAGCUGGAGACUGCUAAGGCCAUGUACCAGCUGGGGCGGGAUCUGGAGGAUGAGACGCUGUGGGUGCAGGAGCGGCUUUCCCUGGCGAGGUCAACGGAUCACGGCACCGACCUCCCGAGCGUGCAGCGCCUGACCAAGAGGAAUGAGACACUGCAGAAGGAGCUGGCGGGCCAUGCCCCCCGCCUGGGCGAGGUGCUGAGCCGGGGAGAGGCAGCGGGGAGCGGUGAGGAGCCAGGCCCGGAGCUGGCGGCACAGGCGCAGGAGCUGCGGGCGCUGUGGGAGACGCUGCGGGAGGAGGCAGCCGCCCGGCACCGGCGCCUGCGGGAGGCUGAAGAGGCCCAGCAGUACUACCUGGAUGCUGAUGAGGCCGAGGCCUGGGUCAGCGAGCAGGAGCUCUUCAUGGGACCCGAGGAGAAACCAAAGGAUGAGGAGAGCUGCUUGAUGAUGCUGAAGAGACAUGUCCGGCAGCUGCGCUCCAUCGAGGACUACGGACAAACCAUCAAGGAGCUGGCGGGGAGGGCACAGCAGCUGCUCUCUGCCGGCCACCCCGAGGGGGAGCAGAUCAUCCGGCUGCAGGGCCAGGUGGACAAGCACUACGCGGGGCUGAAGGAGGCGGCCGAGGAGCGCCGCCGGCGCCUGGAGAACAUGUCCCACCUCUUCCAGCUGAAGCGGGAGGUGGAAGAGCUGGAGCAGUGGAUUGCUGAGCGCGAUGUGGUUGCUUCCUCCCCGGAGAUGGGGCAGGACCUGGACCAUGUCAUGCUCCUGCGGGAGAAGUUUCGUGAGUUCGCGCGGGAGACAGGGAGCGUGGGGCAGGAGCGCGUGGACCGGGUGAACCUGACCAUUGAGGACCUCAUUGACGCGGGGCACAUCGAGGCAGCCACCAUAGCUGAGUGGAAGGACGGGCUGAACGAGAGCUGGGCCGACCUCCUGGAGCUGAUUGACACCCGCAUGCAGCUCCUCGCUGCCUCCCAUGACCUCCAUAAAUACUUCUACGACGGUGCUGAGCUGCUGGCCCUCAUCGCCACCCGGCGCCAGGAACUGCCCCAGGAUCUGGGCGAGGAUGCCGGCACAGUGGAGGCUUUCCACCGCAUGCACAACGCCUUUGAGAGGGACCUCCAGCUGCUGGAGGCACAGGUGCAGCAGUUUCGGGAGACAGCAGCGCGCCUGCAGACUGCCUAUGCCGGGGAGAAGGCGGCUGGAAUCCAGGAGCAGGAGCAGGAGGUGUCCCGAGCGCUGCAGGAGCUGCUGGAAGCGUGCAGCGGGCGCAGGGCACGGCUGACGGACACGGCCGACAAACAUCGCUUCUUCAGCAUGGCACGGGAUCUGCUCUCCUGGAUGGAGAGCACUGUCCGGCAGAUUGAGACACAGGAGAAACCCAGGGAUGUCUCCUCGGUGGAGCUGCUGAUGAAGUACCACCAGGGAAUUAAGGCUGAGGUGGAUGCUCGGGGCAAGAACUUCACCGACUGCAUCGAGCUGGGCAAGAAGCUGCUGCAGCGCAAGCACCAGGAUUCACCAGAGAUCAAGGCGAAGCUGGUGGAGCUGGUAGACAAGAGGAAAGCCAUGAUGGAGACGUGGGAGCAGCGCUGGGAGCGGCUGCGGCUGCUGCUGGAGGUGUGCCAGUUCUCCCGCGACGCCUCGGUGGCCGAGUCGUGGCUCAUGGCUCAGGAGCCCUACCUGGCCAGCAGCGACUACGGGCAGACGGUGGACGCGGUGGAGAAGCUGCUGAAGCGGCAUGAGGCUUUUGAGAAGUCCUCCGCCACUUGGGAGGAGCGCAUUGCUGCCCUCAGGAAGCUGACAACGCUGGAGCUCCUCGGCGGGCGCUCUCUGCGUGAGGGGCUGGCGCGGGACGGGACGACGCGUUCCGAAGCUCCUGACUACUGCCUGGAUCUGGAUGGGGAGCUGGAGGCCGGGUCAGAGGAGGAGGAGGAAGAGGAGGAGAAGAAGGAUGUGAGCACACAGGACACUUCGCUGCCCACUACUGAUGGACCAGAGCCGCUGGCACCGAGGACAGGUGACGAGGAGCCGGUGUCACCGACCCCACGGCCACCGCGGGAGGAGCCGGAGGAGCCGGCCACGCUGCCCGCCCGUGUCAGCAGCGUCCAGCUGGAGGGCUACCUCGGCCGCAAGCACGACCUGGAGGCGGCCACCAAGCGCGCGUCCAACCGGUCGUGGAGCACGCGGUACUGCGUCCUGCGGGGCGGCCAGCUCGCCUUCUUCAAGGACGCCAAGAGCCGCGCGCUGGGGCUGCCGUGCCAGGGCGAGGAGCCCCUGGGGCUGUGGGAUGCCCGCUGCGAGGUGCCCGCGGGCUACAAGAAGAAGAAACAUGUCUUCAAGCUCAGGCUCAGCAAUGGCAGCGAGUGGCUUUUCCAUGGCAAGGAUGAGGAGGAGCUGCAGGCCUGGCUGCAGGGGCUGAGCGCGGCCAUCACGGAGUGUCGGGGCAGCCGCGGGAAGGUGCAGAGCCUCCCCCUGCCCAUACCCCCCGCCCCCCCUGAAGCCCCCCUGCCCCGCAAGGACAAGGAGAAACGCUUCAGCUUCUUCCCAAAAAAGAAAUAACCCCCCUGGAUGGCGGGGGUGGGGGGGAUGACACCCCACAUCACACCAGCGGGGCCACGCGUGCGUAAGGAGACGCGUGUGCGGUACCUGCACAGGUGCCACCAGGUCUAGAGGGGCACGCGGGGGUCACGCGUGGGCAGGAGCCCCCGAGCCCCCCCGCCACGAGCACACGUGUCCGUGUGCACAGUGUAUAUAUAUAUAUAUUUGUAUUUAUAUAUAUACAUACAUUUACACGCUUCAGGCACACCCCUGUGCGGAGGCGGCCGCAGGCGCCCCCCAGGCGUGUGCCCCCCGUGCCCAUACGUGUCCCUGCACGCACACGUCUGCACACGUGUGUCCCCGCAUGCAGGUGCACCCCCGGCCCCCCUCCGCACGCACGGCACAGGUGUGCGCCCCACAGGUGUGCAUGGACCCCCCAGCACCCGCACGGGGGGCGCGUGGGUGCCCCCCAAAGCCAUAACCCCCUCCUGCAGCGCGUGGGUGCAGAGGGGGGACCCCCUGGCCCCCGCGGGCACCAACCAAAGAGCGUCAGCCCAUGGGGGCCCCUCUCUGGCACCCCCCAUCCCGUGCCCCCCCCCAGCCGGGGUGGGGGGGCCCCCUGCACCCCGCAGCUGGGCCGAGACACCCUGGGGGGGAGGGCGACCACAGAGGAACUUUGGGUUCAGUUUGGGGUUUUUUUUCUAAUAAAGAUGUGAAAGCAA